AUGGCGCUUGCACCAGUCACAAACGCAGAAUGCAUGGAAUUUGAUUCUCUUGCAUCAGACAGGGGAGAUGAGAUUUUCGCAAAAUGGAAAACUGAUACACUCUUUAACCGCGAUAUUCUAAGGAAAGCCGGGACAAUCUUAGCCGAUAAAAGGGGGGGUGUUCCUGACACCUUGCUUGGACCUCGAAAAGGAGCUUUCAACGUUUUCCUGCGCAUGACCUUUGGAGAUGGCCGUUCUGCAAUAAUCCGGUUCCCAUGCCCGAGUACAUCCAUGUUUCCAGAGGAAAAGCUGAAACGGGAAAUCUCGGUGAUGCGCUUUUUAGAACAACACAUGAGCUUUUCUGUCCCCCACGUCCUUGGUUACGGUACGGCAGAAGAAAGUCCAAGCAAUAUGGGUCCAUUCGUUGUGAUGGACUAUCUUGAUCAUGAGCAUGAUCUUGUUGAUGCACUUAACAUUCCGGACCGCCCGGGUAUCGAGAGGCCAGUCUUGUAUCCCGAGAUAUCUGAGGAUCGACUUAAGCUUGCAUAUGGACAGAUGAGCGAUAUUUUGCUCCAGAUGCACAAACCUUCCUUCUCGAGAAUUGGCUGUAUAGGGAGGGAAGACGAGGACGAUGAUUUUGACGAUGUUUGGACUGCUAGAUACCGCCCUUUGACUCUAAAUAUGAAUGAACUCGUCCAAAUGGGAAACUUGCCGCGAAAUCUAUUACCCCAAUCAACCUUUGAAACAGCAUCUUCAUACUACCUCGCGCUCGCCGAGAUGCAUAUGGACCACCUACAAUAUCAACGGAAUGAUGCUAUCCAUUCAGCAGAAGAUUGCAGACAAAAAUAUAUUGCCCGAUGUCUGUUCCGCAAGCUUGCCCGGGAACGCCGCCUCUGCAAAUAUGACCACGGCCCCUUCAAAUUGUUCUGCGACGAUUUCCGUCCAGCUAACGUCCUCGCUGAUGCCGAAUUCAGGGUUACUGGAGCGGUUGAUUGGGAAUUUACCUAUGCGGCACCAGCAGAGUUUGCCAGAAGCCCGCCCUUCUGGCUACUACUCGAACUCCCUGAAUAUUGGCCCGAAGGGUUGGACGAUUGGACACAAAAGUACGAACGCCGCUUGAAAACGUUCCUUGAAGCUUUGCAAGAGAAGGAAGAACAUGCCAUCCGACGCGGCAUAAUCACAGAAAAUGACAGGCUUUCAAGAUACAUGAAAGAGAGCUGGGAAACUGGGGAUUUUUGGGUGAACUAUGCAGCAAGGAGGAGUUGGGCGUUUGAUAUGAUUUACUGGGCAAAAAUCGAUAGGAGAUUUUUUGGGGCUGGUGACCUGGAAGAUCGAUUUCGGUUGUUGACGAAAGACGAGAGGGAAGGGAUUGGGGCGUUUAUAGAGAGGAAACUUGCAGAGAAGGAAGACCGGAAAUUGAAGGACUGGGAAUCUGUCACUGCACCCCUCAACGGCUGA